AUGCUCCAUCUUGACUCGGCCUCUUCCGCUACUGCGACAGUUAGUGCAUCCGAUUCCGAGACCCCGGCGUCGAACAAUUCCGAUAAGUCUCCGAAAACAGUGGCAUUAUGCGCGAUGUCGGCAAAUCUCGCCCGACCGCCGGUAGUCCUCGCCACUGCACGCGUGUUCGUCGGACCUCUCGCCGGUCGUCAAGUCGCUGCACGAGCAUUGAUUGACACCGGAGCGGAACUCACACUCGUUGCGGCUCAUUUAGCAAAAAAAUUAAAACUGCGUCGGUUCAUACUGCCUACCGCCUUGUCCGCCGUCGGCGGCCUUGACGCGGGCAUUCAUCGUUACGCCGCGCACAUUCAAAUCUCACCGAUCGACGGGAUCGAGCCGCCGGUCGUUACAACAGCGACGAUUUUAAGUUCGCUUGCUAGUUACUCGUCAGCGUCUAUUCAAUCUCCUCUUCAAUGGAAUCAUCUCGCGGAUCUCACUCUCGCAGAUCCAAAUUCUUCAAGUACAGAUCCCAUUGAUCUCAUAAUCGGCGCUGACAUCUACGCAGACAUAAUGCGAGAUGGCGUUCGCAGAGGAUCUCGCGGUCAGCCUAUUGCUCAAGAAACGAUCUUCGGCUGGAUUGUUCAAGGCCGCACGCCUCUGUCGAAUUCGUCUCGUCGGACCAUUACAGUGCAACAUUGUACGAUCGCGGAAUCCGUUUCACUUGAUAGCGAAUUGAGAAGAUUUUGGGAAAUCGAGGAAAUUCCGAGGCACACGAUACUCAGCCCGGAAGAGCAGAGAUGCGAGAAUCAUUUUUUAACUUCUCAUUCGCGCACUCCCGCCGGUCAGUACAUCGUUCGUCUGCCGUUCAAGAGUGGUCCUCCCAUCGAUAUUGGUACCUCGCGCGAUGUAGCGGAGCGAUGCCUCAAGACUUUGCUACGCCGUCUUCAAGCCAAUUUCGAUUUAAAAAGGGAGUACUCAGACUUCCUACAAGAGUAUGAAAAUCUCGGGCACAUGCGCAAGGCUCCAGAAUCUUCAGAAUCUUCUCAAUUCGUCUAUAUUCCGCACCAUCCCGUAAUACGCGAAAGCAGUGCGACGACUCGAGUAAGAGUCGUAUUCAAUGCGUCGAGCCCCACCUCGAAUUCUCGGUCACUUAAUGACCACCUUCUCGCGGGGCAGAAAUUACAAACGGACUUGGCUGCGGUGCUUUUACGCUGGCGACAGUAUCGCUACGUUUAUUCUGCCGACGUCGCAAAAAUGUACCGGCAGAUUCGCGUCGAUCCCCGGGACACAGACUAUCAAAGGAUCCUCUGGAUCGACGAGAAAACCGGAAGAGUACAAGAGUAUCAGCUCUUGACCGUAACCUACGGUACAACUUCGGCGCCGUUCUUAGCUUUGCGAGUCCUGCAGCAGCUCAUCCAUGAUGACGGUCGCGAUUUUCCUCUAGCUGUUCCCGUGCUUAAGGAGAACAUUUAUGUGGAUGACGUGCUUUUCGGUGCGGACGAGAUUUCACUCAUCCGUACGGUUCGCAAUCAAGUGUGCUCCUUGCUGCAACGCGGUCAUUUCGAAUUAAGAAAAUGGUCGAGCAACGCGGCUCAUUUGCUAAGUGACAUUGACGCGCAAGAUCAUGGACUCGCUUGCAGCAAGGAUCUACAUCCGGACGAGACAUUAAAGGUGCUCGGUAUUAGUUGGAGUCCGUCGGCUGACGCAUUUCAAUUUAGAGUCGUGCGCUGUCCCUCGCCCGCGCGAACGAAGCGCGCCAUGCUCUCGUACAUCGCUCGUAUGUUUGAUCCGUUGGGCUUAGGCACGCCCGUUACAAUCUCCGCGAAAAUUCUCUUGCAAAAGCUAUGGCAGCUCCGCGUCGACUGGGACGAUGAGGUUUCCUCCGAUAUCGCAAGGCAAUGGGAAUCCGUGCAAUCGUCCUUGCUGGAACUCGAUAACUUCCACCUCCCGCGGUGGAUUCAAAAGGGAUCGGACACGGUCGACUGCGAAAUCCACGGGUUUUUGGACGCGUCUAACUAUGCCUACGCCGCAGCGAUUUAUAUUCGGCUCACCUCUCGCUCAGGCAACAUCACGACUGCCUUGCUAGUCGGAAAGUCAAAGGUCGCGCCGAUCAAGACAUUGACUGUUCCGCGUCUCGAAUUAUCGGCAGCCGUGUUAAUGUCGCGAUUAACGAGGUUCGUCAUGGACGCAUUGCACAUUACCUCCGCUCCCUGCUUUUGCUGGACGGACUCAACCGUCGUGCUCGCGUGGGUCACACAACAUCCCUCGAAGUGGAAGACUUUCAUUUCGAAUCGGGUUGCCGAAAUUCAAACCCGACUUCCGUCCGCUUCGUGGCGAUAUGUUCCCACGGAUGAAAACCCCGCGGAUUGUGCGUCGCGAGGAGUCUCGGGAAGUCAGCUCGUCUCGCAUCCUCUUUGGUGGCACGGUCCCGCGUGGCUAAGGAUGCCUGAUUCUGAGUGGCCGACGAUGAGCGCAUCACUCUCAGACAUCGCGUUAAAGGAGAACUCGCGCGCGACAGUUCAAAUCGCUAGCGUAACGGAAUCAUGGGAGCUCGCAGACCGAUAUUCCUCGUGGCCAAAGCUCAUUCGAGUGAGCGCGUACAUUCUUAGAUUUAUAUCGCGGAUUCGAAGGCGUGACGAGAUCGCUCUUCGGUCGGAAAGUCCGUCUUCAUUGACCGUGAGCAAAGUACAAGCCUCAAAAAAAUUUUGA